CCCAGUGCUGUAUAAAAGUCUCAGCAGAAAUGUGACCACAGGGUAGAGAUUCUGAUUGAUCAUAUUCUCUGCACCAAGCUACUGCAAGGAUGAAAUCCCUUUCUGUAGUCCUUUUUCUCAGCCUGCACUUUAUCAAAUUAAGAGCAGGAGAGUGGUGCUAUGAGCCUGAAGCAUGUAAUGACUGCUCAGGACCAAAUAAUUGGGGUCAUAUUUCAAGUAAAUGCGAUGGUUCAGCCCAGUCUCCAAUCAACAUAGUCACCCACAAAUUAGUAUACAAUAAACAGCUCAACCCAUUUACUUUUGAAGGAUAUGAUAGUGCCCAUGAUUAUACCAUAACAAAUAAUGGCCAUUCUGUGGAAGUUAACCUGAAAAGCAGCUCAAUCCAAAUUCAAGGUGGAGGACUUCCCGGUCACUUUAAAGCGAUUCAGCUUCAUUUCCACUGGGGCAGUGAUAAAGUCAAUGGAUCGGAGCAUUCUAUAGACGGUGAAAGAUUUCCAAUGGAGCUUCAUAUCGUCCACUCAAAUGCUGCAGGCAAGUCAGUCUCCAACACAACCUCUGACGAUAGGCUGGCAGUUUUGGGUUUCUUCUAUGAACCAUCAAAUGAAGAGAACAAAAACUAUACAAGUCUUAUUGAAGCCAUUAAGAAAAUCCCUCAAGCAGGUAGUACAACAACAGUUUCUAAUCUGAACCUCCAAAAAUUGAUUCCGGAAAGUCGCUAUCUUAAGCAUUAUUAUAGGUACAAUGGAUCCCUUACCACUCCAACUUGUGAUGAAAAAGUCACCUGGACACUAUUUCCACAAACAAUCAAACUGGCCAAAGAACAGCUGAAAGUAUUCUAUGAACAGCUAAAUUUCUCUGCGACUGCUAAGAUGGAGAGAAAUUUCAGGCCCAUACAGAACCUGAACAACAGAAUUGUUGAAACAUCGGAUGCCAGAUCUAUAUUUUCUCAGACCGCGGUCUUACUGACUUCACUAUUUCUGUGCUACCUGAUGAACGCAUCUUAAACAGAGCAACAACUUUUCUUCCUAAAAUAAAAUAGUUAAAACACCAACGACAACCUUUGUUCCACUGGAAGAAUAUUACUUUAAAUGAGAUUUUAACAGAAUACUGUAUCAGUUAAAAAAAAAAAAACAUUUUACAGGUCAAACAAAGAACCAAUACUUUAACAUGUUAUUAAUAUAUUUUAAAUACGUGAUAUGAAAAUUAAAAUUAUAGAUUGAAAAAAA